UCUAAGUAUGUCGAUGUCAAGCAAUGUCAAGCAGCCCGGCGGCACGUCGAUAACAACACCGGACUUUCAACAGACUUUCUCUGCCUUACUUCAACGUGUUGCACAAGCAAGUUUCCUGGAUAGAACAAUCUACCAAUUUAUGACGCAUAGCUGUCGUAGUGAUACUUAUCAUUGCUGCUAAGAGUGAUGUUUUGUCACGAGGAUUAUGAGGAAUUUGGGACUUCCCCGCCAGCAUCUCUUCAUGCGUAUGCACGGUCCUUCGUUGUGCAAGAGUCUCAUCCGUCAAUUGACUUCAUGAGUUCCUCAUGGGCCCCGUGUUAUCCUCACGUUCACAUCUGUCCCGUGGAUGAUGCUGCACCUCCCGUUCAUUGAUGAGCAUCCUCAGACAGUCUGAUUGUAUUUGAUCAUAAGAUCUAGUCGUGCGAAAACCCCCUCUACACCUCUUGUUAGCACGUGCGUCCUUUACAUGUGUUCCGUUUCUGAGGCAAUGUGGUCGUCGUGAUAGAAGAUACAUUCAUGGCCGUCGCCGUUUCCCAGUGUAUGAUGUCGUGGAACAUAUAACAGCGCAUGCAUGAAUGCGAAGUGGACGUGAGCCAGUCAUCGAUGCAUUCUCCAACGUUUGCACGCGUGAUUUUGUUCGGGUUGCUUAGCAAAGCUUUGUCUGCUAAUGGAGCCUCGACCAACUUGACAGCUCUGGUCAACCUCUUUAUAGGCACUGCAUCCGGCGCAAAUGGCGGUAGCGGAGGCAAUGCGUUCCCUGGUGCCGCCGUUCCUCAUGCGAUGGCAAAGGUUGGAAUCGAUGUUGAUACGUCACCCCGUCAGGCAGGAUAUAUUUCGGACAAUUCUUCUAUCACUGGGAUAUCUUUGAUGCACGAUGAAGGCACGGGAGGGAACACCAACGGGGGAUAUGGAAUCUUUCCGCUCUUUCCUCUCACGAAUUGUUCGUUCACGUCGUGUCCUGUCGGGAUCGACGCUCGCAAGGCUAAACGUACGGCAGGCGCGGACGCCGCGACUCCUGGAUAUUUCACUACAACCUUCGUAAACGGUUUGAAACUUGAGGCGACUUCGACCAGACGCGCAGGAUUGCUUCGCUUUACCUUCCCGAAUCCUAUGGUUGAAAUGCAUGUUGUAGUGGAUCUUACCCAUGAUCUUCAACGGUCCUUUGAGGGUGGUAGCAUCAAUUUAAUCCGCUCCCGUGGCUCAGUCGCCCUUCAAGGAACAUUCUUACAGAGCUAUGGAACGGACAACUACACUGUCUUCGCUUGCUACGAUUUCCUACCUCCUACGACCGCCAACAAUCAGACCCUCGUUGCUGCUGGAACGUUUCAGUCUUCACCCUCCUCUUCUACCAAUAUUAGUAUCAGCCCUGACCAAAGUUCACUCACAUUCCCAUUCACUUCAAGCCCUUCUUCCGUUCAGGCUGGUGUUCUGCUGUCUUUCAACUCGUCAACUGGGGUCGUCUUAACUCGUUUUGGUGUCUCCUUCAUAAGCAGCGAGCAGGCCUGUGCGAACGCCCAAGAAGAGGUCCCUGAUUGGGAUUGGGACCUCGUUCAGUCUGCAUCCAGAGCCAAAUGGGAAGACGUUUUGGAAAGGGUAUCAAUUGAUGUGGAGAAGGAGAAUCCAACCGUAGUGGAGUUACUCUACUCCUCCCUAUAUCGUGCUUCACUUGUCCCAGCAAACCUGACUUCAGAGAAUCCGUACUGGGGGUCCGAAAGUCCAUUCUACGAUGCGCUUUUCUGUUCGUGGGACACAUUCCGUACCGUCCACCCUCUGCUGUCUUUGACGUCACCGCGAGAAUGGGCGGAAAUCGUCAACGCCUAUAUUGAUGGGUGGAGAAAUACUGGAUACAUUCCUGAGUGUCGUGCUAAUACCAAAGCAGGUUAUGUUCAAGGCGGUAGUGAUGGAAUGCCCAUAUUGGGUGAUUUUGCAGUGAAAUACGGAGCGAGAGCUGGAGAAUUGGGCGUUUCCACCGACGAUCUAUAUCAAGCUCUCGUGGACACUGCUGAGAAUACCCCACCGGAUUGGUAUAGAGUGGGAAGACAAAACACGGCCUGGAAGCAAUUCAACUAUAUACCCACCGCGUGGGUAGAUCCAUCGGGUGCUACUGGUCUGCCUACUCGUGAGGCGUCCCGAACGCUGGAAUAUGCCCUGGGUGAUUUUGCUGUCCGCCAAGCUGCCCUGACACUGGGUAAAGGAGCCGCAGAUAUCCAAUUAUACGGUAAUAGAUCUCUUGGAUUCAAGAACGUCUGGGAUCAGAACGUCACAAGUGAUGGUUUCACCGGAUUUUCCCAGAGACGCUUUGAAAAUGGCACGUUCGCAUUUAGUCCUCCCGAUGCUUGCUCCCCUGUAGAUCCCACUCCACAUUCUUGCGCACGCGGUACGGAUAAUAAUGUUGGCUUCUACGAAUCUUCUUCUUGGGAAAUGAGUUUCUUUGCACCCCAUUCGAUGUCCACGAUUGUGAAUCUCAUGGGAGGUGCUAGCACAUUCGUCAGCCGUCUUGAUCAUUACUUCUCGAAGGGUUACUUCCAAGCCGGCAAUGAACCAUCCUUCGCGAUUCCCUGGGCAUAUAAUUACGUUGGAAGGCCCGAUCUGAGUGCACUUCGGGUUAGAAAUGUUGUGUUUCAAAACUUUGGGACCGGAAUCAAUGGAAUACCGGGGAACGAUGACAGUGGUGCAAUGGCUGCGCUUCUGACAUUCCAUAUUUUGGGUCUCUACCCCGUGCCCGCCACGCGUCAACUCUUGAUAGGAUCCCCUCUCGUUUCAUCCUAUACGUUGUACAACAAUCUUUUCCAGACUACAACAAAUAUCACCGUACAAGGGUUCGACAAUGCAUCCCUCUCGGCUUCACCUCCCAUGUCUCGAUUGUUCGUCAAGUCGAUCACUAUUAACGGAGAACCCAGCGAGAGUCUCUGUUGGAUCUCCUUCGAUGUGAUCACGGGUGGUGGGAAUAUUAUCAUUGAAGUAGACGACGAUCCGGUAUCGGCGUCGCAGAGAAUGUGUGGCAAUAGUGCCAGUGCGCUUCCGGAUUCGUUGGAAUCGGGCGGGUUCGCGUAGUCGGUCUGUGUGGAUGUCUGAAAUCUAACCGAUGAUAGUAUAUGUAAGCCACAUCCUCCUUAUCCACUUUAUAUAAAUGCUAAGGACUCUGUCAUGUAAUCAGUAAUGCUUUGACUUGCGAAGCUUGCAGGAGUCAUUGUAUGUUUUCUACAACAAGUACGGGCAUUUGCUGCAAUGUCCUGUCUUGAGACACGGCAGUACUUGGACAGUGUAUUCUCAUCAGUUGAACUGCCUGAGAAUUCUGUUGGGAUUGAGCGUUGGAGGGCAUCCCUAUCAGAGGUCAUUUGACUCUUCGUGCCAAUUGAGUGGCGUCCGACCAGAGAAGCUUUCAUCCGUGUGAUUUAUUCU